AUGGGAACUUCCAUAAAUAAUAGCAUAAUACCAGAUAUUCAAUUUAUAUUGAAUAAAAAAGAACAUGAAAUUCCUGAUAAUAAUAAAAAUCAAGGAAUAAGAAAAUAUACUGUAAAAGAAGAAAAAAUUAUUAAAGAAUUAUAUAAAGACUUAGAAAAAAAUGAUGUUAUAUAUCCUGGAUACAGCGAAUGGGCUAGUAAUGUACAAAUAAUAACGAAAAAAGAUGGAAGAAAAGCUAUAGUAAUAGAUUAUAGAAGACUAAAACAUUUAGUAAAAUUUAAGCAACCAUUACCAAACACAAUGCAAUUUUUGCAAAACAUUAGUUAA